AUAUCUGUGCACGAUGGUGGAUAUGGACGGUUUCGGUUUUGACGCUCACACCAGAAACGGGAGUAGUUCCAAGACUCCGGUUGUGAAUGUUUCGGCUGGAUUGGGUGGCUCUGUUGGGCAGACCACUCCGAUCAAUGUUCCUUUUGGAUCGAGUGCGGCCGUGGGGUCCACUCCGAUCAUCACCUUUGUUGGAUCGAGCGCGACUAUGGGGUCCGCUCCGGUCACCUCGUUUAAUGGACCGACCGCGGCUACGGCCGCAACGGUCACCCCACUCGCACUGAAUAUGGCUUCGGCCAUACCGGUCAUUCCUUCACUUGGACCGAACACGGGUGUCUUCACAUCCGCACCUGUCGGACAUCCUACUGUCAUGCUGCCUGCGAACUCUGUCAAAGAACCGGAAAAGUUCACAGGUGUUGGCUUUAAAAUAUGGCAACAAAGGAUGUUAUUUUGGCUGACCACCCUCAACCUUGCGAGUGACGAGGGAAUGGGAGUCAGUGAGGCAUUCCAAGUGGCGGCGAUUAUCCAUGUGCUCCCGCCGGCUUGUGAUGAGUUUCGGAGCUAUCUCAAGCUCAAACGGAAAGAAAUGACUUUAGAACAGUUGCUUGUUCGUCUCCGGAUUUGUGAAGAGGGUCUCACUCGUGAGAAGAAAGUAGCUGUUGCUAAGGCCAAUGUGGUGGAGCAUCCACCCAAUAAGGGUUCUUCCAAAGGGCCCAAACCAAAUAAGGACAAGAAGAAAAUUGGUCCUAAAGGAGGCGCCGCGAAGACUAAGUUCGCAGGGAAAUUCUACAACUGUGGCAUUACAGGCCACCGUUCUUCAGAGUGCCGCAAGAAGCCCCAGAAGAAGAAGCAGAUGAAGGAAGAAGCUCUCUGCUCGGAGCUAGAUGCUAUGGAUCUUUGUGCGGUCAUGACAGAGGUCAACUUGAAGAUGAAGAAGAUGAAGAAAUUGGAGCUUGUUGAUGCCACAGUUGGCCUAUCACCGCCGACCUUCGUCGAACGCCGGCGAGCCAUGGUCGGCCGCCGUCUGCUUCCUUCUCCGGUGGCGUCAAUUGCAGCGGCCAAAGCCGCUGCUCACUUUCUUGUUUGGUGCGAUGCCCCCUUCCUGAAUUGUUGUGAUUUGUCUUCAAUUUAUAGUCCAAGAAUUCUUCCCGUUGGAGUGCUUGGGCGAACUUGGCGGAGAGACGUUGGAGCGUUGAAGAAGAUUGUCCUGCGAUCUACGAAGAGGAAGAAGUCGUAGACUUCUUUUUCUCUUUUCCCUUCCGUGCGUGAAAUCAAAUUGGGAUUUGGGGGAGAGAGAUGAGGGCCGAUUCUUUAGAAUUGGGUUUGGGCUCCGGCCCAAAUUCAAUCUCUUCUUUUCAAACUUGAAUUCUAUUCUGGCCUUUUGCUACAUUUUUCUCCAAAUAAAAUAAAAAUAAUAAAAUGUAAAAAGUGAUUAAAAACUACUAAUUAUG